AUGUCUGAAACAAUUGAAGGUAACGUCCAAAUUUUGAGAUUGUCUCCAGGUGAUGGCACCAACUUCCCAAAGCCAGGUGAUUUGGUGACCAUUCACUACACCGGUACCUUGGAAAACGGUCAGAAAUUCGAUUCCUCUGUUGACAGAGGUUCCCCAUUCCAAUGUAACAUUGGUGUUGGCCAAGUUAUCAAGGGUUGGGAUGCAGCUAUUCCAAAGUUGUCUGUUGGUGAAAAGGCCAGACUAACUAUUCCAGGUCCAUAUGCUUAUGGUCCACGUGGAUUCCCAGGUUUGAUUCCACCAAACGCUACUCUAGUGUUUGACGUUGAAUUGUUGAAGAUCAACUAA